ACCAAGACAAGUGUUUGUGUAUAGCUUACAAGGAGUAUCUCUUGGAGGAGAAUGGAGUCUGCAAACAAGCAAUCUCGGAAGGGUACAGAAAUCAAGCGGAUUAUGUUCUGUGCUUUCAGACCAAAGGCUAAGUCUUGAAAACAUGAUUCCUGCAACUGUUCACACUGUCCUGAGUGCUCUAUAUUUAUGCUGCCACAGAAAGAACUGGUUACACUCGGAGGAGAAACACAAGAAACACUAAGGACUGAAAUGCGCUUGCAGCUAAAGUAUCCUCAUCAUGAAUAGGUACACAACUAUCAGACAGCUUGGUGAUGGGACCUACGGCUCUGUCCUCCUAGGGAGAAGCAUUGAAUCUGGAGAGCUAAUAGCCAUUAAAAAAAUGAAGAGAAAGUUUUAUUCCUGGGAGGAAUGCAUGAACCUUCGAGAGGUUAAGUCUUUGAAGAAAUUAAACCAUGCCAAUGUAGUAAAGCUGAAAGAGGUUAUCAGGGAAAAUGAUCAUCUGUAUUUUGUGUUUGAAUACAUGAAGGAAAAUCUUUAUCAGUUAAUGAAAGAAAGAAACAAACUGUUUCCUGAGUCUACAGUUAGGAAUAUUAUGUAUCAGAUCCUGCAAGGACUUGCAUUUAUCCAUAAGCAUGGGUUCUUUCACAGAGACUUGAAACCUGAAAACCUCCUUUGCAUGGGACCAGAACUUGUGAAAAUAGCAGACUUUGGCUUAGCUCGAGAAAUCCGAUCUAGACCUCCUUACACCGAUUAUGUAUCCACAAGAUGGUACAGGGCUCCUGAAGUCCUUCUGAGAUCCACCAGCUAUAGUUCUCCAAUAGACAUUUGGGCUGUUGGUUGUAUAAUGGCAGAAGUUUACACACUGAGGCCUCUCUUCCCAGGCGCCAGUGAAAUUGAUACUAUAUUCAAAAUUUGCCAAGUCUUGGGGACGCCAAAAAAGAACGACUGGCCUGAAGGCUACCAACUUUCAGCCUCCAUGAAUUUUCGGUGGCCUCAGUGUGUUCCUAACAACCUAAAAACUCUCAUACCAAAUGCUAGCAGUGAAGCGGUGCAGCUCAUGAGAGACAUGCUGCAGUGGGACCCCAAAAAGCGACCAACAGCUAGUCAGGCACUUCGAUAUCCAUACUUCCAGGUUGGGCAUGCCCUGGGCGUUCAAGAACUGGGGAAACAAAAGGAACUGCAUAAUAAAUCGUCUCUGCAUAUUAAGCCUGUCCCUCCAGCACAACCCCCUCCGAAACCUCACGCCCGCAUUUCAUCAAGGCCUUUUCAACAAAGCCAGUCUUCUCAGCACUUGGCGUACCCAUAUAAGGCAGACAACUCUGGGGCUGAGCACAGUAACUACUUACAGGAGGACAAGUCUAACCAGGUUGUUCUGCCUGCAAUUCACAAUAAGGUUCCUCAGCAGAAAACAUCAGCUGGGACUGAGAAUAUAAAUGGUGAACUUAAACCAAAAACUAGGCGAAGGUGGGGACAUCUUGCUAGAACAGUCAAGAGUUCUGAAGACUGGGAUGACUUGGAAGACCUUGAUUUCAGCUCUUCCGUCACGAGGAUGGACUUGAAAAACAAGAAGAGGCAGAGUAAUGAAACUCUUUGUAGAUUUGAAAGCAUUUUGGACCUGAAGCCUUCAGAUGCUGUAGGCUCUGGCAGCAGUGCACCUUCCCAUGCAACCUUUCUACGGCAGGACACUCCCACAUUGAGAGUUUCUGCAGCAAAGCAACACUACUUGAGACAUUCUAGGUAUCUACCUGGAAUAAGCACAAGGAAUAGCAUAGUCUCCACUUCAAACAAAGAGUCCGUUCCGUCUAAUCCCUGGCCCAGUUCUGGUUUGCUUGGGAAAGCUUCCGGUUUGGGAGGAAGUAUUAACAGGAUGAAUUCAGGGCUCAUAGGAUCAAGCGGUCUAACUAGCAGUUAUAUCCCUUCAUUUCUGAAGAAGGAAGUAGGCUCUGCUGGGCAGAGGGUUCAGUUAGCACCAGUUGUGGAUCCAUCUUCUAAUUAUGCUUCUCUGAAGUCCGUAAGACCCCAUCUUGGACGGCCGUUGUUCAAUUCACCUACAAAAAGCACGCCAAGCUUGAUGCCUCUCCCACCACCAGCUCAGCCGAUCCAUGGGCGUGUUGACUGGUCUGCAAAGUACGGUGCUCACCGGUGACGUGUGGAAAUACUCUCUGAACCAGUGCGUGUUUCCCACGAAAUGGUGGCUAACAUGAGACAAUUUGAUACUGUUUUAUAUACCUGUAAAUUUAAAAGAAACAGAUCUUCUAUGAACGAGACAUUUUGAAGGCUCUUUUAACUUUUAUUUGUAUUAAUUUGAAUGCAAUCUUGUACCUUUUUGUAUAAAAUUGUUUUGUUAUAUAAUUGGGUCCAGUUAUUUUCAUAAAUCUGAUACAUUUUGUAUAUAUGGCUUAGGGGUUGAGCAUUUUUAUACGAUAAAUUUUUAUAAUGAACUUUUUUAAAAUUUAACUUUUCCUUUAUUAGUUCAACUUUUUUAUAAAAGUGGACAAAAAAAGCAAAGUGGUGCAAUAUUGCAGUGGAAGAGAAGUACUAAGGAAGGGGCAUUCAUUAUACAUUUUCUGAAGUUUAUGUGCUAAACGAGGCUGUAUAAUUUCAGCGAUGCCACAUCUUGAUGCCAUGCUUCUGUUGUCCUAUACUCAUUUGCUUUGUACUGACAUCGAAGGAAUGAGUGACUAACAGUCUAAACUCUCCUUUGCAGUCACUGAGAGACUGCUGAAACUCAGUGGGAGGCUUUUUUUUUAAAUUUAUUUUUGUUUUUAAACGGUUUUUGUUGGACUGCUAUCCAGCUUUCCAGCUCCAUUCUUUUGCUUUUACCAAAUUUGGGGAAUCUUCUUGUUUGGUGAAGGGUGAAUAGCCUUCUGUAGGUCCGUUUUCUCACACAGCGCUCUUUUGUCCUGCUUCAAAGUUGCUGCUUGGCAUUGUUCACUAUGAAAUAGAAUGUGGACCUACCUCUGGUAAAUUCAUUUAAAUGUUCUAAUGAUUUCUAAGGAGAAUGAUCAGAUUCUGUUUCUUCUUGUUUUGUUGUUGUUGCUGCAAAUGCAAGAUCUGAAGACAUAUUUAAGACACUAUUAACAAUUAUAAAGCUGGUUUCAGAGUAACAAAGUAUUAGUGAUAUGCCAGCAGCAGAGUUUAAGGAAACAAUAUCUAUGCAGCUGACUUAAUUUUCACAACUGUUUUAAACCACUUCUGGAAAAAAAAAUCCAGAGGAAAUGAGUCAGUUUAAGCUUACUUCAGUUUUUCUUCACUUCAAUACGUCUUCACUUACAACGUGAAGAAUAUGUCAGCUUCUGUAAAUCAGGCCCUACCGGGAAAAAUGGGACCCUACCUGGUCCUGCUAAAAAACGUUCUAAAAUUGUGGUUGAUUUCACAGAAACUGGUACAGGUCUUUGAACAGUUUAACUCAGUUUAUAAGAGAAAAUGAAUUACCAGGUUACAGAGAAAAGAAAAUAGCCCCAUAGUCUGGUUUAAUUCUGCACCGGAAAGGAGUGCCAGAGUCCAGCCACCAGCAAAAGAUUAAUUUAGAUCACAGUCAGCAUUUGGCUGUUCCUGCACCUCCUUCCACAGAAGAAAGAUAAAACAGUACGGUGCUGUGGGAGAACAUCUUUUAUAGUUGUGUUUUGGAACAGCACCACCAAAGCUGAAGUCUGCUGUGAAAAUGCAUCUUCCUGCAGAAGUGUACAGAAAUGCUCACCUUUCUGAGCUCAUUUUAUGAACAGAUCAGGCAAAUCGUGUAUUUAUGAGACUUAAAUCCAGUCUAAAGGGAUCAGAGCAGGUAUGCUUCUCAGCAUCCGGCCAUUUCGAAGGAGCUGAACGGCUAGUGUGUCAAUGAGAUCCUCUCUGUGGGAUCUGCCGGCACCCACAAGGGGCAGCCGCUGUGGACUGGAGGCUGAUCACGCAUGCUGGCCUUUUCAGUACUUCCCAUGGAGAACGUGUGGGACUUCGAGGAAACUGUACCCUAGAGUAGGCUGCUGGCUCAGUGCUACGGCGGAACCGUGAGCGGCACUGGUCGCCGUUUGCUUUUAUGGACUCGGUCCACAGUGAGACAGUACAAGACAAAAAGGGAGGAAAAGGGUCUAUGCGCUAAAAAAAAGUAUGCAUAUAAGACUUACACAUGCCAAGGACAUGUUGUGUGUCCAGCUACUCCGUUAUUUGUUCAUGGCAACUACUAACUCCAAACCAUACCUAACUGCUUCCAAAGCAGCGAUGCCAAUGCAUACCGGUAAAAUAAAGCAGCCAUUCGAUUUCUAAAGCACACACCAAUGGUGUCUUUGGGUAAGUGGAAAGGGAAAUAUGUAUAUUUGUGAGGAAAGAUAGUUGUUUCUCUUGGUGGAAAUAAAUAUCUGUAUUUAUGUCUAGAUAUCAUUUAAUUUAUUUUAUCACUGAAUAAUUGGUCUCAAGAGGGAACACCCUGAACCUGUCCUAAGUAUUCCUAGACCUAAGUAGGCAAUUGAACUAGUCUGUUCCAUACGCUUAAUUCCUACUGGUGGAAGCAGGAGACGAAGAAGUCACGAGAAUGGGCUGCUGAGGCGUGGACUCAUCCUGCCUAACUGCAGGCACCUAAGCGUGAGCUCCUUUAUUGUGAGCUGAGUCUUUAAACCAGUGGUGAGUGAGAAUCGUCUCGAGAGAAAUUCGGCUCACCUGAGAACGUAGUAGCCCUCUGGAGAUGCCUGGGUCUCUCCACUAAGGAUGGGGACUACUCCACAUGCUGAAAGUAAUACAGGAUGAAUCUGAGCCUGGCCUCUAAUCGCUGAGCCAUUAUCAGCUCUGCAGUGAUUUUCUUGACUGUAACAUUCAGGUUUUGGUCAGUCCAGCAAAAAUACUAGAAAAAGAAGUAGUACUUUUUUUGGCAUAUCUCCUCCUUUCCCAGAUUAAAGCCUUUAUUUUGGAAAAAAGCUAAUAAUCUGGAUAUUCAGAAUCACUUCUGCUAGUUUUGCCUUAGUGGAGCAGAAAAUUAGCUAAGUACAAUGGCAGCACUUGUAGCCUUUACUCAAGGAAAUUCCUACUGAAGUUGGAAAGAGUUGUUUUUGAGUAAGGACUGAGUUGACUGAGCUAUGUAUUUUACUGUGCUGUUUCAGUGUGCAAUACGGAUAUGGAAAAGAUGUAGGUCCAAAAUCUGGACAAGCAGCAUAUCUGAGAAUUUAUCAUACGUAACCUACUACUUUGUGUUUUAAUAUUUAGCAGCAUCUUUAUGCGAAAUGUUUUUAGAAUUCUACUGUUUACAUUUUCUCAGGCUUACGCAUAACAUGUAAUAAUGACCGUUGGAAAUAAAGAAGCCUGACAGUGGACCCAUUCACCUCUGUAAUCCAGAUUUUCUUAGAAGUAUUGUGUAAGUGCCAUGAUGUUAGCAAAAAAAAAACCACACCCAAGCCAGAAAACCCACGGUAUUUCUGUAUCUGAUAAGGCUGUUGAUAUGAGUAGGAUGUUCCAUAAGGCGAGGAGGAAAACAUAUAAUGAAUUGAAUUUACGUGGAAGGAGAGGGUGGAAUUGUCAGAGUAAGUAAAGAAAUAACGGUUCUUGUUUAUUCAGUGUUUCUGUUCAAAAAAUGUUAAAAAUGUUAUAAAUGUUUGUUUCAUUACUUCUGUGUCAAGUCUCCUGCCCAGAAUAAAGUUACUCUUG